AUGGCAACACCAACCCCUCUGUGCAAGGCCAACACCGCCUUCUCUCUGGCUCUGUUCAAACAACUGAGUGAUAAUGACAAGACGGGGAAUAUCUUCUACUCUCCUUUCAGCGUCUCCUCAGCUCUGGCCAUGGUGAUGCUAGGAGCCAGAAGCAAUACUGCUGCACAGAUGUCGGAGGUACAAAAUACAAAAUAAGUUUACUCUCACACUAACUCUGGUUUAGUGUGGUUUGCUGAUUUGUUUAUCACUGUAAUAAAUUCAGCUCCUCUCUGUGAUAGUUUAAGCAUCAGGAAACACAGCUGUGGAUUAUGAAUUACCAGGUUUUCCAUUCAGCGUCAGCAGCAAAGACAAAGAUCUGCUCAGACUCUGACUCAGUUUAUGGGGGCAGCUCUGCUGUGUUGCCUAGGUCAGGCAGAUCAUUAUGGGUCUGUCUGGCUGUUGUCUUUCCAGUGUUAUCAUGGAGGGCAGAUGUGUCUGAUCAGAAUAUGAUUUAUUUUGGCCAAGUAUGUGUACACACACAUACAUACAAGGAAUUUGAAUCGGUAAGCUUUGCACUCUAUGUACAAACAUUAAAUAUGUAUGUAUAUAUAAGUCACAAAAAAAUACAAAAAUAACAAAGUAUGUACUUGUUGAACUAGGAAUGGGCAUUUUAAGAAAGUCCCUUGAUCGAAUAAUCAUAUAAAUUAAUGAUCAAUCAUUAAUUUAAUCUUUUUUUAUGUGAAUGGCAGAAAAUACGUACAAAACGUGGCUUUCCCUAUUAAAAUACCCCCCCCCCCCCAACCCUUGUUUGAAAUUGGGGAUGUCUGUAGAGGACCCUACAGAUCCUCCUUGCGAGCAAGGAGCUGAGAUUAAGACUGAGAGCACUCGGAGGAUUCAUUAACCUCAGUUAGAUGUAUGUGGUUCAAGUGGCACAUCAUUGAGGUCAUUGUCGUGUUUUACUUGUACACAGCAUUGGAGUGUUUGCAGCAAACCUCAUCGUCAGUGGUCUGUAUCGCCUACCCUGAGAGGAGCAGUUUAAACAGUAGGUAUCCUGGAUACGUAUAAGGGGUCUGCAGUGAUGUUACCUGCACAUUUCCUGACCCUGGACAGGUGUAAGUCCUGGAUGGAGGACAGGUUGGUCCUGAUGAUUUUCUCUGCAGUCCUGAUAGUCCAUGGCAGUCUGUUCCUGUCCUGCUUGGUGAUGGACCAAAACCAAACAGAGAAUGAUAAUGGACUGGAUGAUAAUGGUGUAGAAUUGGAUCCUGAAGUAGGUUGAACUUCCUGAGUUGUCAUUGGAAGUACAACUUCUGCUGGGCCUUUUUCUGGAUGGAGUCUAUGUGAAUGGUCCACUUCAGGUACCUGGAGGUAGUGGAUCUCAGGAACCGGUCCACAAGUCCACAAUACACAUCAUGCUGUUGAUUGUGAGGGGGCGAGUGCAGAAUGGGUCCUCCCAAAAUCCACAGUUAUCUUCACAGUCUUGAGCAGGUAUGGCUCCAGAUGAUUCUGACAUCACCAGAAGACCAGCUGAUCCACCUCUUAUCUGAAUGCGGACUUGCCACUGUCUUGGGUAAGACUACGGUGUCGUCUGCGUCUGCAUCUGCAUCUGUGGAGGUGGUCCAGGAUGUAGUGAAGUCCCAUGUUUACUGCAUCAUCCAACGACCUGUUUGCAGAAUAGGCAAACUGCUGGGGGGUUCGGCAGGGGGUCUGUGAUGUCCUUCAGGUGACUCAGUACCAACACUCUUCCUUUGACAAAAACACAGGAGUUUCUGGGCUUUCAUUGCCUGGUUUAGUUAGAUUUUUUCUGUAAUGUGCUUUACACUGGUAGCGCAGAGCUUCAGUUAUUGACACAAUGGUUUGUCUCUCAGUCUUUGCAUCCCAUUAACAGCUCACUUCUUCUUCCUCUGCAGUGCCUGAAAACUCAGGAGUGUCAGGAUGAAAUCCAUUCCAGUUUUGGCCAGCUGCUGGGCGAGCUCAACAAGGCUGACACUCCGUAUGCGCUCAAUGUGGCUAACCGGCUGUACGGGGAGCAGUCCUACCAGUUUGUUGAGGUGUGUGCACACCUUUAGAGCAGGUGUGAGCUGUUUGUAUUCAGUUAAUCUGGAGAGAAUAAGAACACUGGGGUGAUGGAUGAUGGGUGGACAGCAGGGUGGACAGGCACAUAAAGCAGUGACUGUGGAAACAUUAUCUGGCAGUGAAUUCCUCUGACCUAAAUGAAUCAAAGACAUUACUCUGUGUUGAGAUGAAUAAAAGGUUUUCUCUCCAUUUUGAUUCAGGACUUCUUAGGAGACACCAGGAAGCACUAUGACUCUGAGCUGGAGGCUGUGGACUUCAUCAGCAGCUCUGAGGCUGCAAGAAUCAACAUCAACAGCUGGGUGGAAAACAAGACACAAGGUCGAUUACACCCAGUCACACACAUUUAUUUUUUCAUUCUAACAGCCUGACGUUACUCUUUGAUCAGAUACUUUUAAAGUAAUCACAAAAACAUCUUAACAUGAGCUUGAAUUAAAAGUUAAAACUUCUCACUAGGGUGUUGCAGGAAAAGCAUAAUGCCCCACAUAGAAAGGCAACUUGCAUCAAAUGGCAUCAAACACAAUGUAGCAUUUCAUGGAGCUAAGUCCAGGCCCAAAUGUUUGAUGCUAUGAAAAGAAAAUGUGAUUAAAAAAAUAAAAGUUUAAACUGAUCUAGAAUUUUAGAAAAAUCAAAAACACUGUAUUCAAAAUGAAAAGUGUAUGGAUUUUUUUUCAACUUAAAGUUUUGAUUUAGCUCUGGACUUCUAUUGAUCAAAUCCCUUUUUUUCAUUUCUUACUCUUUUAUUUAUAUACUAUAUAUAUGAGGGGGCAUGGAAUUUUGAAUGACAGCAUAGCUAAGAAAGCUCAUGGUGAUCCUUUAUUAUGUUGCCUUUAGGAGAAGUGGGUACUUUGAAAGACACGACUCAACAUUUCUACACACUAUAUUUAACUGAAAGCUGUAAAUAAAGUUAUGCUGAGGACACAGUUCACUUUUACAGGCUGUACUGUACAACUCUUGGCAAUUACCAAGAUAUAAAAAGUGUAAAAUAUGCCAGAUUGUUAAAUUUAACACCCAUACCUGAAGAAAAGAUGUUUGUUAAAGUGUUGAGCUCAAACGUCACUCCUCAGUUGUCAUUGUAUAGAUCUCUGUUUUUGCUCGUAUGUCUAUAAUUUAUAAUUUACUAUAAGUUAACAGUGGUUACAGCAUCACAAAGCUUCAUCAGUGUGCUCACACAGAAUCUCAGUCAGGGACAACAAGAGCCAGGAACAAGGCAGGAACAGGGGUCAUCCUCUGAACAGGAGAUGGCCAUAUGAGGCCUUACGUUUGAGCUGAACACUUUAGCAACAUGUUGGGUCUAAAACCUGCAACAAAUGACUGAAAACACAUAAAGAAGAGAAAGACAAUGGUUUAGAUUUCUUACUCGAGGAGAAUGGGCAGAGAUAGUUUCAGUUACAAUCUCAAAACCAUUCUGAAGGUAUUUCUGUCCAGUCUCUUUUAUUUAGGGUUGUCCCUGGUUACACAAUGUUACUAAAGGAUAGGGGAAAACUAUGUGCAGCAACGUAAGCAUUCUCAUAAAACAUAAUAAUGAACAACAGAAAAUAUGUGAGGGUCAAGGCAACAUUGUUGACAUUAAACGAGCUCCUUCUGAUAGGAGCGGAUCCUCCUCAUUACUUCCCACGAUUCACAGUGGAGGUUACAUCACACACACACCUGCUGAUAGGAGAAACAAGGUCACAGAGAAGUUAAGAAACACUCAUGUGCUGUGUAAUAAAGCUAUUGGAGAGAGAAGUUAAAAAACACUCUUAUAUGAUGUGUAACAAGAGGUCAAAACAGUUUAUACUUGUAGUAAACUCUUACAUAAGAAUUUGAGUAAGAUGAUAACUUCUAUACACAUUUAUACACAUUAUUCUGACACAACAACAUUAUUAUCAGCUGCUAAUAGUAUAAAGCUAGUUCAUGCUAACCUUGUGCCUACUCACCGCAUUGACACCUAGAAUCAUCUUCCUGAAUGCCCCUAUGUAUCAAACGUUACACAGCAAUAAGCUAUUUGGAAUAAUUUUCACUGUACCUUUUCUGAAAAUAGCAUUUCUUAUCUGUGCAAGUUUACCAAUGAGGUAAACUGAUACUGCAAUAUGUUGACUGUCAUUUGUGGAAACAGGAAACAUCUUUUCUUUAAGUAUGGGUGCUAAAUUUGGCAUAUUUUACAGUUUUCAUAUAUUGGUAAUUGCCAAGAGUUGUCCAGUACAGCCUGUAAAAGUCAACUGUGUCCUCAGCAUAACUUUAUUUACAGCUAUCAGUUGAACACAGUGUAUAAAAAUGUGGAGUCAUAUCUUUCGAAGCACCCACUUUUCCUGAAGGAAAUACAACCAGGGAAGACCCUGAGCUUUCUUUUGCCUGGUAGCUGUUGGCACAAGGUUACCAUGAACUAGUUUUAUGCUUUUAGCUGCUGAUAAUGAUUUUGUUGUUGUUGGUGUUAAGCUCAAACUUCAGUCCUUAGUUGGCCUUCUGUUGACCAUGAAUUGCAGAGCUGAAUUUUUUUAACUUUAGCACUUUAAAAGUUAGUGAUAAAAACUUUAAUACAUUUAUUUUCAUUGCAAAUACAGUGUUUUUAAUUUCCGAAAAUUAAAGAUCAAACCUUAAACUUUCAGUUAAAAUUUUUAUUUUUUAAAUCACUUUUUUUUUUUUUUAAAUUAACACACCUAGCUCCAUAGGAUUUUAUGGCUCACAUGAUUUCUGUGACUGGACAACCUACUCUACUGCUGAUCUUAAACUCCCAGCUGUGUGAAUUUCCUUUUGUGUUUUGUUCUAAUUUCAGGUAAAAUUAAGGACGUCCUGGCUCAGGGCAUGGUAAACAGUAUGACCCGGCUAGUACUGGUCAAUGCCAUCUACUUCAAGGGAAACUGGGAGAAACAGUUUAAGGAGAAUGCCACACGUGACCUUCCGUUCAGGCUCAGCAAGGUGACUCUGACUAGGGCCCUUGUCUCAGUUCAGAGACCGCAUCAGGCUGAGCGUGCUUAAGCGCGCUUAGCUGAGCGCACUGCCGUUAUGUGGACUGGAGUACCCUGAGUGAACCCUUCAGAGGACUUCCUGGUUGAGUCGCCAAAUGUCGCCACUCUCAGGCUCACGUCACGACUGACUUGAUGAAAAGCCGCAUAACACAGCAGUUAUUUUUUAAUUGUACGACCUUUCUCAGACACAAAACAAUAGAUACAUACAAGCAUUACAAGGUUACCGCCGGUGUCAGAGACAAGGGGCUCUAUUUUGGUGCCUCGCCGGAGACGUGCCGCAAGCGCAGCGUCAGUCAGAUCCGCCGCGCUGACAAGGCGUUCCCAAGCACAUUUUGGUAUUUUGGUGAGCCGCGCAGCCCGGCGUAAGUAUCCCCCCUCCCUAACUCAGCUCCUCCCAGCACCAUAAGUAGUAGACGGGGAGUAGAAAGGGCGUGUAGUUGGUUUAACACAGCCGAGACCUGUUUUCACCAAUCACAUAGGCUCCUCUCCUUGCCUUUAAAUCCGCCACAGGCGAGGCGUAUUACUAUUUUCAUGGAGUAGUCAAAGAGAUCAAGAGAUGUCUUAAGACAGUAAUGCCACAAGAUGGCGACAGAGGGCAGCUCCUCAACAAGUGUCCUCCACACUCUCUCAUAUGAGCACAGAUGGAUUUAGUGUGCGUAAUGUUGGACCCACUGGUAAGACAAACACCCGUUUCCACAAAUAAAGACACUCAAAUAAAGUUGCUCAUAUUCAAACCUCACGUGACAAAGGUCGGUUGAGCGCACAGAUCACAACAUAAACUCCAAAAAUGGCAUUAAAAUCGGAACCAUCUGUGCGUAAAUGACGCAUCGCGCUCCGUGGCCUGGCUCUUUCUUUCAUAGAUGUUGGCAUAUAAAAUGAAUUUGGCUCACAAAACUGAAUAUUAUAAUAUCCGUAUGUCGGCUUAAAGUAGAUAACGCAUCUGAGCACUGAAACAAAUCAUCUGUUCAGCUGCAGCAGCAGCAAGACGGACAGAGGACACGGAGACGUGUCCAGGUCGAGCUGUGCGAGAAAUAAGAGGAAGAGGAAGAAAGAAAAGGAGGGAGACGAAUUACAUAUCUUGUUAACUUCAUCAUGUGUGUUUAUUUACUAGAUAUUUAAUUUAAUUUGAUGCGGUUUCAGCUGUGUUGAUUCGGUCAGGUUGUGUGUCCAAACGCGUGCCAAACGCGCUCAUCAGAUCAGAUAUAGAUCAGAAUAUAUCGAUAUAGAUCUAAAUGUAUGUGCUGACUCAGAUUAAUAGUUGAUGAUGAUUAUUUAUUGCACUGAAAUGUGCCUGACACUGUGGAAACCUGCCGGUGAGGCAUCAGUGACGUAUGUCAAUACGCCGCCGGUCUACCAAAAUACUACAAGACCAGCUGCGUUCCGCCUUGCGCUGAAAGCUGACCAGGUUUGAAUCGGCGAGCUUUCAGCGCACGUUACACGCCGGUGGCGAGCACGAAAAUGUCACUGCGCCAGCUGAUUCUGUCAACACCUCCCCCCUGCCACGCCACCACGCCCAGCUUGGCGGAUCUCGGCUCGCCUCCGUGCGAAUCAGUCCACGAAAAUACCAAACUCGCCUUACGCCGGGCUCCACCAGAUGAAAAUACAACUGCGCCCAAGGUGCUUGUCGGAGCUCAACUCCCUCUGGAUCACAAAUGUUGAUCAUCAUCAGUUUGAUUGUUUCUUCAGAAACCACAAAAACUCUCUGAAUGACCUGCUGAUACAUCCACCGAUAACUCUGCAGAUGACCAACGCUAGACAUUUCCCCCUCCACAAAAGCAGCUUUAUGACUUUUAUGACAUUUACUUUAUGACUUUAUUCUCCCAAGUUUACAACUUUAAUCUCUAAAUCAAAAAAACAAAAAAUAAAUACUCAAUGUUGUCCUGAUUCUCCGAUGUAGUUUUGGCAGCUUUCUUAUUUCUAAUGUGUUCGAUUGUGGUAGCAGAGCGGAUCAGUUUGUCUCUAAAUACUAUAAUGUUUGGUUUACAGAUUUUAGUCAGUUCAGAGAUCAUACGCUCAUGCAGCCUGAGCUGACUGUCUGCUGGUUUUGGAUUUCUUGUAUUUUCUUUGAAGAGGCACUGCGUCUCCAAGUGAGUCCAGCCCAUAGACUGUACAUAAGAUGGACAACCUGGUUCCGCCUUCCGCCUGUAUACGGAUUUGAAGCCAAAAAGCUCUCGGUAAUUCCGGGUUUUUCUCCACUUCCUUGAAACCAGAGCUGCGCAGUAGCGAUGUGCGCAUUCGGCCGCGGAGAGUCCCUGUGAUGACGCUCGGCUCAAACAGCGUAUCCCCCCGGGAGAGCUACGCAAUCCCUGAACGCCCAUAGGCUGUACCAGGUGUCAAUCAUAGAAAACAUGAACCCCCUAAUAACUUUUAAAAACGGAGCUGUACAGAAAAAAGAGGACUUGAGCACAAACCAGUCUUACAAUAACUACAUGUCAACAUCACAAGCAGGGGGGAGAAAAAUUUAUGUUCUGUGUAAUAAAUUUCUAAAGUUUGUCCACAGUCCCAUAAGCUUUGCUGGCAGAGGCGGGAUUUAUGACCUGUACUGCAGCCCACCAUCAGAGGGUGCUGUUCUCAGAGUGGCUUCACCCAGCGAGGAGGCAGACUCUGUCCAUCUUAUAUACAGUCUAUGGUCCAGCCUCUCACCCGAAAUGCGCAGCUGUGCAGUGGUACGCAAAGAAUUCUGGGAUACCAAUGGCACGAAAGUGUGCAUAAAUGCACGCUUAAAAAAGGGGUGGGGGUAGUGUGGUUUUGAGACCGAAUUUGAAGGGCGCUUAGCAUUUCGUGCCAAAUGGGACACCGUUCGCGCCGCGUGAUGACCUCACGCACACCUCAAAUGCGCUGUUCAACGGUGCGGUCUCUGAAAUCAGACACAACCUAGGGAUGUUCCCAGCAGUUAAUUUCACUGACGUUUAAACGACCAUUUUGAAACCGAAUAUUCAAAUACACGAAAAUUAAUUAACUCCCAGGAAAUAGCCCAAAUUGAGCACAUGUCAAUCUAUAUGGCCUGAUAUCAUCUGAAAUAAAUAUUAAGAGUACAUGAAAGCCAUGCUUAUAAUAUUAAAGUACGUUACAGAAUCUUAUUUUAGCGCUGGAGAAUGACACAAAGUACAAGAAAGAUCAACGCAAUUAAGCUCCGCUGCGCUCAAGCCAAGCAGCCACUUGUGUGCCAUCUUUAUCUAAAUCAAAAUAGUUUUCUCUUUUUUCUCACCGACAUCGCUCUGGCUGAUCGCAUGUGUUGAUUCACUCUGAGGAAGUUAACCCAUGAUGCCAUGCAUACUGUAGGCCAGCGCUGCGAGCCCAGAGCAGCGAGCCAGGCAGAAAGAGUCGCACACAAAUGAUCCACACAUUUUAGCUUGUUUAAUACACACCUUUAUUAAGACAUGAUGGUAAAAACGUAAUUUUAAAAAAAACACAAAAAAAAACGCUUUUUUUCUUUUUUUAUAGAAUAAACUAAUAUUAUUUACUAAACGGAUAGUAAGGAUAGUCCCGUUUACACAUAUAUCCAAAUGACUGCGCACAUCCCUAACUCUGACCAGACUGACGUUAGCUCUAGUCUGUUAGUGUGGAUUAAAAGCUCUCCAUGACAGUAAAGUAAAACACUGUUGCUGUGGAUGCUAUUUCUGACCUUUUGUGAACCAAAGGAAACUAGACCACAGGGUUCAGUUUGAUCCAAACCUGUUUGUAGACAGACACUUCAAAUAAGUUUUUGGCUAUAAAUGCUGUCAGUGAUUUAGAACACUUCAUAUUACACAAAAACAUUAAACCAUUAAAUAAUGUAUGAAUUGAUUUAUCAGCUAUUUUGAUGCUGACAGUGGUUUUAUCUUUUCUUUGCUGAGAGUUUGAAUCCAAGGUUUUUCUAGAAACUGAGUAUUUUCUGCAGUGAUCCACGAUAUGCAUUUAAUGAGCUGAUACUAGGCCCAGCCAGGCCCAGAGUGGCUAAUUUGGUCAACCAGGACAUGACCUGGUAGGCUGGAGCUCUCACUCUGAACUGAAGUAUUGCCACUACUGAUUAAUUCUUAAAAAAUAAGGACAACCAGCAUCCAUAAUACACUCUUCACAUCUGACACAGCUUGUAAUGUGCUUGUUAUUUGUAGCUCAAUGCCAGGAUCAGAUGUUUCCACUUUUUCUUCUGUUCAGAGUAUUACCUGAUCACACUUAAAAGUUACGUCAGCCACCCACAUCACUGGAACAAAAAUGUUUCUUGUCUUUAUAACUUUUGAUUUUUUUCCAGAAUGAAACCAAGACGGUCAAAAUGAUGCACCAGAAAUCAACAUUCCCCUUGACCUACAUCCCUGAAGGAUCUUGCCAGGUAAUCGAGUAAUACAGUAUAUUACUUUUACUUCUGUUAACUGAUUGGAUGUCAGGUUGUCCGGUCAUCAUGAGGUGAAUAGAGGGAGGUUUUAUUUCAUACAAAUGUGGAGAAUCUGUGCAGCUAUAACAACUUCAUAAGAUUUGGGUUUGCUUGUAAAUUCAUAGAACAGUUUUGGACGGAUCAAGUGACUGAUAUAUGUUGUGUUUGAUUAACCUUUCUUCUCUCAUGUCUAUUUAAGAAGAUACCAUCACACUAAUGUUUGCAAUGCAGCUUCCAGUCAUUUCCUGGAUUUGCGUACUAUAUUCUUUGUAAUACCUGGAACCCUCUCUUGCACAGGUUCUGGAGAUGCCCUACAAAGGAAAGGAGCUCAGCAUGCUCAUAUUUCUUCCCAACAACAUAGAAGACAAUACAACGGGUCUGGAGAAGGUAGGACCCAAACUCACCUGGACAUGCACAUGUAGAUAAACCUGCAGAUAUGAAAACAACCUGAUGUUUGAUUUUUUUUUAACUACAGCUGGAGCAACAGCUGACGUACGAGAACUUUAUGGAUUGGACUCGUCCUGAUAUGAUGGAUACCGUUGCGGUGAUGGUGGGGCUUCCUCGGUUCAAGAUGGAAGAGAAGUAUGACUUGAAGGACAUCCUGACGAGCAUGGGGAUGGUGGACGCCUUUGAGAUGGGGAGGAGCGACUUCUCUGGUAGGAGAUGUACAUGUACUGUAAUAGAGAGAUUCACAGUUUUUUAUCGAACAGAAAUCCAGAAAACUAUAAUGGCACACACAAGCUAUAGCCACCUGCUCACUAUUCAUCAUCCUGAGCAGUCUCUGGUCAGUACAAGAGAUUUUCUGUUGUUAAAAUGACAUUAAUUGAUAAAGCCCCCCCCCCUCCAAUCCACCCCAUUACAGGUAUGUCUCCAGCAAACCUGGUCCUGUCUAAAGUCAUCCACAAAGCGUUUGUGGAAGUAAACGAGGAAGGAACUGAAGCCGCUGCCACCACCGUUACCAUUGCCUUCACAAUGGGGCGCUGUGUCAGUCGUCCAGCCUCCUUCAUCGCUGACCACCCCUUCCUCUUCUUCAUCAGACACAACCCCUCCAUGAGUAUCCUCUUCGCUGGACGAUACUGCUCCCCUGAGUGA